AUGCUCCCACACCAGCAGAAUAAGAUAGAUAUCUCGUCUUUGACAGAAGAAGAGCAAAAGGUAUUUCGACUAUAUGGAAAGCUUCCUACUCGCAAAGACUUGCUAGCAAACAAGCUCAAAGAGCGAAAAUACUUUGACUCUGGAGACUAUGCUCUGUCAAAGGCUGGUCGCGCUCCCAAGCAAUCAGUUGGCACCACGAUCCCUAACCCUGAGAUGGUGCCCCAUGCAACAAACCCUGUACAGAUUCCAGGCGCACCUCUUUAUGGCACACCAAAUGCUCCUGGCAGCCCAGGGGCUACUUAUAUGCCCGCUCCAACGAGUCCUUCCGGCUCGCGUUCUUCGUUUCCUAUGGCCACAGGUGUAAUGGCUGGUAGCCCUAUUCGUGAGUCGACUGCUCCAUUUGGUCACGAGCGAGCUCCUGAGGCCUCGAAUGAUGUGAUGCUUGAAUAA